ACGUUGCGGCAAGUCGUUCCGGCUCCAACUGCGGAGGUGAAAGACAACGGCGUCGUAGUCCUGGACAUCGUUGCGGUUGUCCGACGUUUCGCACUGCCACACGGGACACCCCCGUUUCCGCAAGGCAUGGCGACCAAUUCCGACAUUGUAAUCUUUGCUUCCAAAUUGACAGAUGCUGGAAUGCUGAGCGAUUACAUCUCUAAAAAAAGAGUACUUCUACUUGGAUGUCGCUGCAUCCGUCCAUUACAGUCGAGUAUAAAACAAGGGCUCAGUUCGGUUACAUGGAAGAGUAAACUGGUAAAAUGUCUCCUUCUUUCCUGCUGAGCGGUUGUUUUGUUCUCGCUUUCUUGGUCGCUUUAAGCAUCGGCCAGUACGACCAAUUCCUGCUGAAUCCUGUUGCUUCCGAUACAGGAUGUCCGGAAUUCCCUAAUCCAUUCUUCCAGUGUUAUCGUCCGAUGCAGCCUGUCGAAAUCCAAAACCGCAGAGCUCAGCAGAAUGAUUUCAUCGAUGCAGUCCCGAAAAUUUCGUAUCCAUUGCCAACGUCGGGCAGUGAUUUGGAUCCAUUUUCAAAUUCUCCAAGAUUUUUUCAUCAUAUGAAGCCUGGGGCGCAUUGGUUCGAUUGGUCCCAUGGGACAAAACCGCACGAUAAGAAGCCGAUUGUCAAAGGACCUGCAGGUCCACCUGGACCUCCUGGUAUACAAGGCCCACCAGGAUAUAAAGGAAAAGGUGGACCUCCAGGCCCAAAAGGAUCCGAUGGAAUGACAGGUUAUAAAGGAGAAAAAGGAGAUACCGGAUAUCCAGGAACUCCUGGCACACCAGGCGAGAAAGGAGUUAUGGGAUACCCAGGUCCUCCAGGUCCUCCAGGUCCUAAAGGAGAGCCAUGCGAUUGCUACGUGUACACAACAACAGUGCCCUCGACAAAGGCUACGGCUGCUAGAUCUUUAACAGGGCGUUAAAGAGAUUCCCUACUUAAUUGAGUAUUUGUUGGUUUCCCAAAAUGGUAGUAAUAGUCACUGUAUGCGGUGCUGGGUAUAUAUCUAUUGUUAUUUAUUAUCAUUUACUCAUCAUUAAACAGUUUAAGUCCGUAUG